AAUGAAUUUAAAGUAUACGAAUCUCUCUCUAUAUAAUAAAAUUCUUAACUAUAAUUGUAAAUCUUUCAAUCUCAUAGUAAACUCUAUCCUAAAUAGAAAUUUUAGUACGAAGCUGUAAUAAAUAAAAUAAAAAAUGAAUUGUAAAAAUUUCCGCGAGGUAAUUUUUUUAAAUUUUAAUUGGAGGUCUGAUAACUUGUAGUAGAAGUCCCAUUUUGCGGUGUUUAACUGAUAAAAAUAUAAAGCUAUUUGUAUAAAUUUCAUAUUGCAACAUAGUAUUUAUAAUGUUCUGUGAUACUAUCAAAGUAAAAUUCAACAUCUUAAUUUUUUAUUCUGACCUUUAAUUGUUUUGAAUAAGAUGUAUUAUAUAUUUUUAAAAUUGAUUGAAAAAUAAUUGUCUAAAAUUACUUAAUCUAUCAAUUUUUAAAAUGGAUACAAAGCUACCAACUAAAAAUGCUGAUGAAUUUGCCGAUGAACUUUUUGAAACAUGUAGCUUGGCAGAAAUUGAGAAUUUACAAAAUAAAUUAAAAAAGGAUGUUGAACGGAAAGCAGACCAGUUAAAAUCUUUGGUUAGUGAAAAGUAUAGAGAUCUCAUUGAUGCUGCUGAUACUAUUAGCAAAAUGUCUACAAUAGUAUGUGAUAUUGGAUGUAUUGUUGAUGAUAUUAUGAAGACAAAAAAAAUAAAUCAUAUUAUUACAACUGAGAGCCAAGAUAAGACAUUAGAUGAAUUUGCUGUUUUGACCAGACUUUUAAUAGACAUAUCUGAACAAAUAUGGGAUAAUUUAGAUAAAAAAAACUAUUUAACUGCAACAGAAUUGUUUAAGUUUUCUUCGUUCAUUAAAAAAUGUCUUGAUAACUUUGUCACCAAUGGCUUUAAUAGAGCUAUACCUUUUAUUGAACAAAUAUGGUCAAAUCUUUCACAUUUUAAAUCAACAAUAACUGAAAAGGUUAAAUUAGAAUUGUCUAAUCCAAUUAUACCUGAGGAUGCAGCAUAUUGUUUCAUAAGUUUAUCUAUGUUGGAAAAUUUAAAUGUUCAAUCAUUACUUAAAGAAUUUAUUGUUUUACGUUCAAAUAUGUUACAACAUAUAUUAUUAAAUGGAUGUUCAACAGAUAAGAGUAUUGAAAGUAGUGCUCAUUUAAUUAUCAACACAAUAUACAAUUUAUUCAUGUGUUUUACAAAUAACAAUCAAAGUCAUGAUGAUAGUGGAAUUGUCUAUUUAAAGAUUAAAAAUAUUUUUAAAAAUGACAAAAAUAUAUUAUCUUUAGUGAAUUUGGAUUACUCUCUAAAAUUUGGUCUUAUUCAUUUACCUAAAUAUGUUCAAGAAUUUAGGAUUGAUUAUAUAUUGUUAAAUAAUGAUGUUUGCCUAGAUUACAUUACAAAUAUUAUAAACAACUGGCUUGAAUGGUCUAGACCAUUUGUUUGUACAAAAGUGUCAGAUAUAUUAAAACAAGAUACAUCAUUGGAAACUCUUUGUCAUCUUAAUAAAUAUUCUAUUGAAUAUCCUCAAUAUUGGACUACUAUAACAGAGAAUAUAAAAGGAUGUGAAUCAAAUUUAUGGUCUGAGUUAUACUGUCCCAUAUUUUCUCAAAGAACUAAGGAUUUAUUAAGUAAACAAUGGGAAGAUAACUUUUCUGCAAUAGUUUCUGAUAUCAACAACUAUUUGAUAAAAUCUGAAGAAACACCUUUAAGAGAGAAUAUAUUCUUCGAUACAAAUGAAUACAUAGAAACACGUUCUAUUGGAUGUUCUGAUAAAUCAGCAGAUCUUUGCAAAUGUUUUGAAAAUAGAAUUUUUUCACUUACCAAUAUGUUAAAUAAAUACUAUCCAGAAGAUGAAGAUCCAUGGGAAUUUCAUAAUCAUCAAGGGUUUUGUUGUAAUAAACUUAUUAAAAAUUUAGUUGAUUACCUUCUUAAUGUUGUUGAGGAAAAUAAACUGUCAGAAGAUAAUAUGUUAUUAAUUGCUAGGUUUUCAUGGUACAUUCCUAUGCUAUGUCCAAAAUUAAAACACUGUUUAGUCUCAUCUUAUUCCCAGUUUAACUUUUGGAUAUCAUCAAAAGAUUCAAUUCAAAAUGCUUCUAUCAUAGCUUGGAACAAGUGGAGUGAUAUUGUUGUUGAUAGAAUAUUUGUUGGUCUUCAAGGACAUUUUUUACCAAUUACUCUGGGAGAACAAUUAUCAACAAUUCCUAAAUGGGAAACUAUUGACAUAGAAGUGGAAAAGGAAAGUGGUGAACUUAUAAUAUCAAAAUUAUAUAUACCUAAUCAACCUUCAUUUCCAUUGCAAAAAAUUAUUUUUGGCAUAAUAACCCACAUAGCAGUUAUAUUGCCUCCCAGGCUUAUUCAUGAAAAUUUGAUUUCUUCUUGUAUUAAUUGGAUAUUAGAAGAAUACAAAAGUAAUUUUGAAGUUGAAACAUCAUUGAAAUCAAAAUAUCAAAUUCAAAAAUUAUUUGAUCUUAAGUACAUCAGUAUGCUUUUUAUAAGCGUUGAAAAUGAAGCAUUGUCUUCUAAAUGUUCUCAAAUUAUUGUCGAUAUUGAAAAUCAAAUUGAUCCUAUAAAUUUAGAUGCAAUAAAUGAGUAUAUUGUAAAAAAUGUAAAACGAGCUGUAACUACAACAAAGUGUAUUUUUGGCACUUCCCUACCUAGUCAAUCGGCAAUAGAAUUUUCUGAUGAAGCAAACAACAUGAUGUUCAGCACCUAUAGGUUUAAAUUAUUUUUGGUUACAGAUACAUAAUGGAUAUUCUAAGAACUAUUUUGAUUUUAUUCCAAGGAAAAAAUAUUUAACAAAUUUUAUAAAAAUAAUUGCUGAAAUAUAUUAUUAAAUUAUAUUAUCUUUUAUAAAAAUAUAAUUUUAAAUAAUAAAUAAAAAAUUUUUAUCACCGAAUGUAUUUAUCUUUAAAAAUUUAUAUAACAAGCAUAAACUUUAAUUUUAAUGACUU